AUGAACACCAACAUUCAAGAAAUGACAUGCAAAUCGAUCGAGCUCGACGGCUUUGGCUCCGCCGCCGAUGACGCUUGGUUCGACCAACAUACUGCACCCAUGGACGGCGAAGAAGAGACCGGGGUGCAUCCGCAUCAAGCUGCGGCUCUCAAAGCGUACCUCAAAGGCGACUCCAAGCCAUCCGAGACAGCUGCCGCCCUGACCAAGCCACACGACUCCGAGAAAAAGACCGACCUUCGAGACCGCAUAGUGGGCAUACUUGAAGACGCACUUUUUGAGCUGCCUCAAAGCCACACACCCGCUCUUGUCGACCUGCUCAAAGAACUUAGCCAACUGCCAGACGAAGAGGACGGUGAACCUGUCUGGAAAGGUCUCAAAAGUUUCGGCCAUUCAUGGGCAGAUGGAUGGAAGCAAAGCCACUGGCGCAAAGCGUUAGCAACGCGGGAUCCAGCCACAAGAGCGAAGAGGCGUGAGGCUCACGUGCACCAGGCCUUUGUGGAGGCGUCUUGUGCAAUGGCUGCUCCGGGACCGAAUGCAGAAGAUGGUCUUUUGCCACUAAGCUGGGGCUAUGAGUGCAUCUCCGAAGCGCUCGAAUGCCAAGAUGCAUUGUGGGACUUCGAGGUACCUGCUGCCGCAGUGUGGAUCAAGGUAGCUGGAGAAAGACUCAGAGAGGGCGCGAAGAAAGGUGAGAAGUCCUGGGCGUUGGAGAGAGAGGGAGGCUUUGGGCGGCGGGGCCGAUGA